UCCGAUCCAAAAUUUGAGACACCGUUCGGGUUUAGUCGGUUGGUGGGUUAGGUUGGAAAGUAGCAAGAGGUUUUUACGGGUUUGUGCGGUCGGAUUCGGAGAUUGGUUUUGGGCCCGUCGGAAACCGAAUCCGACCGAAUCUAAGGUUAUUUUUAUGGCUAGGCCCAAUCUAAACAGAAAUCUAAGGUUCAUUCCUAUAGUUAGAGAUGUGGUAUGAAUCUCACUUUUUCAUACGCACAAAAUAUUCGAUGUAUCCACAGAGAACUAACAAAAAACCAAGACUCUCUCUCAGUCUCAAAUCUCAAUUCAUUAGUUCCACUUCUUCGUGAGAUUCAUACGCACAAACAGCAACGUUACUCCGCUAGGGUUCAUCAUUCUCUCAGUUCGUGGUUUCAUCGUUUAACGAAGAACCGUCGCCGUCCAUUAUUCAACCACAAAUCACCACCGAGCUUGUUAGAUCAAGGAGUUGGAUGAGUCCUGCCGCCAAUGGAGCGCGGCAAAAGUAGCUUGCAAGGAGUUGGAGUUCCUAGCUUGCAAGGAGUUGGAGUUCCUAGCGGAGUUGUAGAUCAAGGAGUGAGUCAAGGAGCAGCUGCUGGUACUGCACUCCCUCCACUUCGAAAAAGGAAACUUAAUGCUAGUGGUAGUAGAAAAACUUCUACGGUUUGGGAAGAGUUUAACAUUUUACCGGAUGAGCCUGAACCUAUAGCCGCGUGUAAACACUGUCAUAAAAGGUACCGAUGUGACCCUAAAACACAUGGUACUUCUAACAUGCUAGCUCACUCGAAAGUGUGUUACAAAAACCCUGCCCUUUUGUUGAAAGACCCCAAUCAGACAAACCUUGUAAGCGGCGAGGGUGGGUUUUUAGUUCCAACUAGUCAAAGGUUUAAUGCUGCAGCCUAUAGGAAGGCCAUUAAUACCUUUGUUAUCCUUGAUGAACAUUUCUUUAGAGUGGUUGAGGGUGUUGGUUUUAAGCAAAUGUGUAAACAAUUGCAACCCCAAAUGGCUAUCCCUACUAGGAGGACCGUUGCUAGGGAUUGUUUUCAGCUUUACCUAGCUGAAAAGUCACGUCUUAAAGCCUUUUUUAAAUCUGAUUGUACUAGGGUUGCACUAACCAUAGACUGUUGGACUUCGAUACAAAACCUUAGUUAUAUGGCCACCACUGCACACUUCAUUGACACUGCUUGGAAGUACCAAAAAAAUUAUUAG